AUGACCGUCUUCAAGCUUGUUGGCCGAUGUGCUAUGAUAUUCCUCCUGGCUGUGCUGUGUGAUGUGAUCGGGCUGAUCAUCCUCUUCCUGGGCAUUUUUGCUCCCCUAAGCUCCUGGGACUUCUUCGUUUACUUGGGAGCUCUGCUGCUCGCCUUCAGCCUCCUCUUUUGGACUUUUUGGUACACGUUCAACAUCGAGGUCCCCUUUAGGGAGCUGGGUUUUAACUAA